AUGCCUGGCGCCUGGAUGUCAGUGGCAAAGCGCAUGUCACGACUGUGUGCCGGUCGAACUUACGAAGCUGUCAAGAAGGACGGGUUCCACAUCAACUCGCUGGCAUUUGGCGAUGAGGUGUACCGCCCGCAUAAUGUUGUGCGCACUGUCGCUGAGGCUGUUGCCGACGGGGAAAUCUAUGACUUUGUCAUUAACGGCAUUGGGAUUGAGGAUCCGUAUGCUGCGCGGUACCCAAACAACCCCAUCGUCAGUACUGUUGCCUAUCUCGACUCAAGCCAGCCCUCCAGCGGCACCAUCAACCACGGGGUGGUUACUCUGCUGGACAUGGGCCUGUUCAGCCCCAAAGCAGCCAACUACGAUGUCAGCUCGGUGGCUGCUCGCGUGGAGGAGCUGGGCGAGAUGUGGAGAGGACAAUGGCAAAUGCUCGAUAGCGCCGAGUGCAAGGCGCUAAUUCGCAGCCUGAUGGUCGAGAUUAUCAAGGCGGGCGAGACGGUCACAGGCAGCAAGCUGGUUUAUCUUGGCGGGUUCGAGAAGCCUGACGACAUUAUCAACAACACGGAUAUGCUGCCAAAGCCAGUGACGCCGUCGAUGCUAAUGGACUUCCGCGCGAAGCGGCCGAUGGAGCACGCGGUGAUUCUGCGCAACCCGAUCGAGCUGGCCAAGAGGUACGGCGUCGAGGUGCCCCACCUCGAGACGGUUUAUGCGCUGCUGACCAUGGUUGAAAACAGAUACUUGACGCAGUCCAAGCUGUAG